UCUAACAAGAUGAAAUUGUUCAUAAUCCUCGCUGUCGCUGCCUGCGUACACGCAGCCAAGCUGAACAGGAACUACCUGCCUCCCUCCUACGCGCAAACUUCAGGGGGCUCCGGAAACUUCUUGGAGACUCCAAGAAUCGAUUCCAACCAGAGGAACUUCGGUGGAUUUGCACCAUCAAGCCAAGGCAACAACUACCAAGCCAACUACAAUGGUUUCGAGAGUCAAAGGCCUGAAAGACCACAGGCUUCCUUCGAGAGAAACGCUGGUAUUCUUCGUCUGGACAAUGAGAACGACGGGGACAAGUACUCGUACGCGUACGAGACUGAGAACGGCAUCGUGGCUGAGGAGAGCGGUGUUGCCACAGACGGUGUGAGGGCUCAGGGCGGGUUCUCAUACGUCGGUGAUGAUGGCAAGCAGUACAGCAUCAGCUACACGGCUGACGAGAACGGGUUCCAGCCGCAGGGGGAGCACCUCCCCACCCCUCCGCCCAUCCCAGAGGAGAUCCUCAGGGCGCUGGAGCAGAAUGCGCGGGACGAGGCCGCCGGCAUCUAUGAUGAUGGCUCAUACAACGAAAACAAAUACAACAACGGACAAAACAACGGAUACGACAACUACAACAACAAUAACUACAACAACAACAACAAUUAUAACAACGACGACGCUGUAGUUGUCAACGCUAAACAAUACAACACCAGACCCAACUUCAGAAACAACGGCAACAACCUUAGGUCAUACUUACCUCCUACUUACUAA